GCAAGGAAUUCAAGAGUUGACGUAUUUGACGUUGACUAGUACAGGAAGUUAUUUUACUUAGUUGACAGCUUUCCUUAAUCGAGUGCCUUACUAGAUUUGUAUUUAGUUAUCGAUAUAAGGCAGUAAAUAUGUAAUAUAUCUCAACAUCUUUCUAAUUGGACUGUUGUGCAUCAGGCUGGGUCAGGGCAGCGGUGUAGUGUGAGUGUUUGUGGAGGUGUUUGUUAACUGAAGCCGGUGGAGAUGUGCUCGCUGGAGAAGGUGCUGGGCGACGCGCGGACGCUGCUGGAGCGGCUGAAGGAGCACGACACUGCCGCGGAGACUCUCGUCGAGCAGUCGAGCGUCCUCAGCCAGAAGAUCCACAGCAUGAAGGAGGGCGGAAACGCUCUUCCUGACAAGUACAUAGAGGAAAGCACAGAGUAUCAGGAGCUGUCCAGACACAAGCCUCACGUCCUGCUGACCCAGGAGAACACCCAAAUCAAAGACCUCCAGCACGAGAACAGAGAGCUCUGCCUCUCUCUGGAGGAGCACCAGUACGCUUUAGAGCUGAUCAUGGGCCGAUACCGAAAACAGAUGCUUCAGCUGAUGAUGGAAAAGAAAGAGCUGGAUACCAAACCUGUGCUCAGCCUUCACCAGGAUCAUGCCAAGGAGGUUCUAAGCCAGUUGGAGCGGAUCUGUGAAAUGGGUCAAGUAAUGCGUCAAGCUGUGCAGAUGGAUGAGCAGCGUUACUGCUCUGUAAAAGAGCGACUGGCGCAGCUCAAAAUUGAAAACAAGGAGCUCAGGGGUCUGCUGUCCAUCAGCAACAGCUCCGUGAGGCCACAGAGAGACGAGAUAAACCCAGCUGAGAGCCCUAAGAAACAACAGCCCUAAUAGAGGAAAUGUUACUUUAGAUGGCAGUUUGUAUAUUUGUAUGUCUGCUGACAUUAAUAUCUGUAUUGGGCUCUCUAGUGUUGAAUUGAACUAUUCUGGCGGUGGUUUAACUUCCUGCUGCCCCAUGAUGCACUUUCUGAUGUUUGUUAUUAAUGAUGCUAAUGUUUUUGUUCAGGAAAGACGUAUCACCUCUUUAGUUUUUUUUAAUAAUAGGUGCUUAAUAACUUUAGGCAAAUGUGCAUUAUAGAUCAGUUCUGGCUUUAUUUCUAUUAGCAUUUUCCAAAAAAGACGUUUAUUUUAAAAUGAGGUUUUUGUCUUAAAUUGAUUUAGCCUUUUAGUCUUUUUAGGUCACAUUAUUAAAUUGUGUUUGGAGUACACUCUAUAUAUGUGAAAACAAUUAUUAACAGCCCUAUUAACUAACCUCAGCAGAAGAUAGCUAUAUCAUUAAGAAAGUUGUAUGCAUCAGCAGUGUUGCAUCUUUCCACAGUUUGAUGUGAUAAUCUCGUACGUCGUGUAACAUGAACACAGUUUUGCGAUGAGAAUCUUCUUAAAAUGGCCUCUGAGCAUUCGCCAGUCUUUUAAUUGUAAAUUGUUGUAUUUUCAUCUCAGGAAAGCAAUCAUAUGUACCGCAGUUGUUACUUUGUAGAACACAGUAUGUA